AUGGGAUCGUGGCCAUCGCCCGAGGAGGUGGCUCGGCAAGGUCUACGAUCGGCCACGGGUCAUAUCCUCGAGAAUAUUGGCUUCUCAUCAGUAUCCGGAGAUUCACUUAAUGUUCUCACAGAUGUUAUGCGCCGAUUUAUGAUCGAAUUAUGGUCUCGGAGUAAAUUGCUGGCCGAACAUGCUGGACGAACGGAAAUAUGCCCUGAUGACAUGAAUCUCACCUUCAGCAAGUUGAAAUUUUCACCUGUAGAAAUGCGGGAUUACUUGCUGCAAGUCGGAAACGUUGGUCAUCCGAAACCGAUGUGUCAAUUUCCCGUUGCUCAUCCAAAUAUGAGACCGUUGUUCGCUCCUCAACCAAGUGCAAAGGAAUUAGAAACCCGUCCCGAGCACAUUCCACCAUAUUAUCCCGCGGCUCAUCCAGAAUGGACUACAGAAGGUGCAGAUUAUCUUGCCGUUAUGAAGCCAUCAACCUCUGUCGAGAAAAAGGGAGGACCGGCGGAUUUUCCCGACUUUUCCAACAUGGAUGCGAAAUCACUCGGGUUGUUAAGACGUGGACAUGAGGAACCUUCUUUUUUGGAUACCAGUAAGGAUCAUAGCUCAGCAACAGGGAUACGGAGUAGUGCUAACCUCUCUUCGUUGAAGCUUCAACAGAGCGGUAGUAGUGAUUUAACGGUCAAUAUUUCAUCGCCUAGGAAAAAGGUCAAAGGAAGUGGUAGCUAUAAGGACCUUCAUAGUAGUUAUUCGCCUUUACCCUCGCCUUCACCCUUAUCAGCUCAUCUUGUGAAACGUCCGGAACAGUCAACGAGUAGAUCAGAAUCACCAUCAUCUCGGGUAACUGCAUUGCCUCGU